CCACACUUCUGUACGCAGCCCUGGUUUAUGAGGGAAAAUGUAUCGUCUCGGCCGACAGUCUAUCUCCAAGAUCGCUUUCAAUUCCUUUUUAUCCACUGUGCCACGGGAAUAUUUUCAUUUUACGAGACAAUACAAUAAAAGCUGGUCGUGUAUUGGCUGAUUUUUGAUCAAAUUUGACUUUUGACUGCACAAAAAUGCCAAGGGCCAAGAAGAAGAAUAGCAAAGGGGGGCAGCACGGAAAUGUGCAGCCUUUCAGUGAUGAGGACGCCUCCAUUGAGACCCUCAGUCAUUGCAGCAGCUUCAGUGACGCCACCAGUGUAGCAGAUGAAGGUGGAGAAGCCAGUGAGGACACAGCCCAGGAGGAUUACCAGUACAAGCUGAAGGGGUUCAUAGACAGCACCGUGGAUAAAAGUGCAAAGACCAGACAGGGGGCACUGGAUGGGCUUAAGACGGCAAUGGCCACACGGAUCCUGUAUGAGUUCAUCUCGGAGAGAAGGAUGACCAUCACAGACAGCAUUGAACGCUGUCUCAAGAAAGGCAAAGGCGAGGAGCAGCGAGCAGCAGCAUCUUUGGCCUGCCUGCUGUGUAUCCAGUUGGGCUCGGGCAUCGAGAGUGAGGAGGUGUUUAAGACCCUUAAACCUAUCUUCAAAAACAUUCUGGCAGAUGGAACAGCCAACAUUCAGGCCAGACAGGCUGUGGCGACAAGUCUGGGCCUUUGUACUUUGGUAGCAGAAGAUGACAUUCUGGACGUGCAUUCCACCAUGGAGUGCUUUGAGAACCUCUUCACCAGGUCCUACGCCAGGGCAGAUGGUACCUGUCCUUCAAUCAAUCUUCAGACGAGCCAGCUCCACACCAACGCACUUUUGUCGUGGGCGCUGCUGCUCACCAUCUGCACUUCCAACCAGCUCAAAGACAUCCUGCGCAAACACCUGCCUAAACUGCCAAGGUUGUUGGAAAGUGAGGAUGUCAACAUGAGAAUCGCAGCAGGGGAGACCAUCGCCCUGCUCUUUGAGCUGGCCAGAGACAUGGACGCUGACUUUGAGUUUCAUGACUGGGAUGAACUGUGUGAUAAACUGAAUGCACUGGCCACAGACUGCAACAAGCACAGAGCCAAGAUGGACAAGAAGAAGCAGCGAUCAGUGUUCAGGGACGUGCUCAAGGCUGUUGAGGAGGGCGACUUCCAGUCCGAGACCAUCCGCUUUGGGACGGAGCGCAUGACCAUUGACAGCUGGGUUAGAAAGAGGACCUACGAUGCUUUCAGAGAGUUUGUGGGCUCUGGGAUGAACUACCACCUACAGGCAAAUGAAUUCAUCAGAGAUGUGUUUGAACUGGGACCACCUAUGUUGGUUGAUUCAGCCACAAUUAAGGCCAUGAAAAUCUCUCGCUUUGAAAGGCACCUCCACAACUCUGCCGCGUUCAAGGCUCGGACCAAGGCCAGAAGCAAGUUCAGGGACAAGAGGGUGGAUGUGGGAGAAUUCUAAAAGAU